GGGGUGAGGAAAUCGCUCGCCUAUCGAUUGAGGGGUGCGCCGUUCGUAGCUCGUAAGUUGCGCUCACAAAAUCGGGGAUCCCGGGAAGGAAUACUUUAAACAAAAUCGUCUGGUCAUCGCGUUGUUUUUCUGGUUGGAAUAUUCAGAAUUUCAGGACCCUCCUCUAAAUUGAAGGAAUAUUUUCUCCUGUUUUUGAGUGUUCGAGGGAUAAGCCAUGCCGGUUUUUCACACGAAAACGAUCGAAGCAAUUUUGGAUCCUGUCGCCCAGCAGGUUUCUCAAUUGGUUAUCCUCCAUGAAGAAGCCCAGGAUGGAAACGCCAUGCCUGACCUAUCAAAUCCUGUCAUGGCGGUCAGUGCUGCUGUCCAGAACCUGGUCAAGGUUGGGAAGGACACUGCCAACAGCACAGACGACAAGAUCUUGAAACAAGAGAUGCCUCCCGCCUUCACAGGUGUAGAAGAAUCGUCCAACAAGCUGGCUGAAGCGGCCAUGGAACUCAAACGAGAUCCGUACUCCUCACCGGCCAGGAAAAAACUGAUUGACGGUGCAAGAGGUAUUCUGAGUGGAACUUCUGAUCUCCUUCUCUGCUUCGACCAGUCUGAGGUCCGCAAGAUUGUCCGGGUGGCAAAGGGUGUCCUGGAAUACCUGGCUGUCUCUGAAGUGGUUGAAUGUCUGGAAGAUCUGGUGACAUUUGUCAAGAACUUGUCUCCCGGGAUGGCCAACAUGGCCAACAAAGUUACCUCAAGAAGCAAGGAACUGACCCAUACUGCCCAUGCCAAUGGACUGAUCAACCACACCGAGAACCUCAAGAGGACCACACCGGUCCUGGUGUCCUCUAUGAAGAUCUUUGUCACUGUACUCAAGAAAGGAGGAGCAGGACGGGAUGAGGCUCAGCAGAACCGCAACUACAUUAUUGGAUGCAUGUCCCACGAUGUCAACGAGAUUAUCCGCAUCCUCCAGCUCACCUCUGCCGAUGACGAUGAACUGUCCCUGGAUGAUCUUGCAAUCAUGAAGAAAUCCUUGUUGAAUAUCACCAACCAGAUGACCAUGGCUCAAACUUGGUUGGCCAAUCCCAACGGUGAACCUGGUGGCUUAGGUGAGAAAGCAGUGCGAGAUAUCCUGAGGGAUGCCAGGAGGGUAGCAGACCGCCUUGAGGGACCCCAAAGGGAACGUCUCCUUGCAGCAAUAAAUGAAAUUGAGGCAAUGAUGAAUGAACUUUGUGACUUGAGGGCCAAGGGACAAGGUAAUUCCCCUCGUGCUCUGCAGCUUUCGAAGCAGAUCGGGGAGAGACUGGAGAACCUUCAUCGGAUGGUGGAUGGUUCGGUCAAGGAAGCCAUUAGGAGUGGGGUGACAAGGACUGCUUACACCCUUGCGGGUAAAGUGGAGCAGGCCCAGAAGUGGCUUAGGAACCCUGCCCAAGACGACAAAGGAGUGGGACGCAAAGCCAUUGCUGGUAUCGUUGCCCAGGGAAGGAAGGUGGCUCAGAACCUGACAGGCCCGGAACGAUCAGAACUCCUGAGGCUCUGUGAUGAAGUCGAAGGCCUCUCUCAACAAAUAACGGAUCUUGUAAACCGGGGACAGGGGAAUUCCCCAGCAUGUUUGGAAGCUGCAAGGAGACUUGCUGAGAAACUACCCGUUUUGCAAAAGGCCAUAGAGAAUGCAUUAGUGAGGGAGGUGGCCGAUGUUUUCAUGGACACCACAACACCACUCAAGGAGUUAGAAAGAGCAGCUAAGGCUCCUAUUAAUGUGCCUGACAGGCAACAAACCUACACCUCAAAGGCAACAAUCUUCUUGAGGCAUGCCAACAAGUUGUCGGACACUGCCAAGCUCGUGGCUGAGGCAGGGGCCAGCAACGACAGGCCGCUGGUUGUAGAACUCAACACCAAAGCACAGGAAGUGAAGGAUCUUGCCCCGCAGGUGGUGGCCGCUGGGAAGGUUCUUCUGCUCAACCCGGAUGAACCGAAUGCAGUUGCCCACUUUGAUGAGUUGAAGAAGGAAUAUGUUGGAAAAGUCGAGGCUCUGACCGACUUGGUAGACCAGGCUGUUGAUACUGUGGAAUUCGUCAAAGCAUCUGAGGAAGCGAUCAAAGCAGAGAGUGAAGAUGUAGAUAGGGCCAUCAAGCAGAACAACGCCCCUGUCAUCGCGGAGAAGGCAUCCAACAUCGCUAGGCGUGCCCAGCGGGUCGCCGUGGUCGCCUCCAAAGAGGCCGCCAAUUCUGAGGACCCCAAGUUCGUCCAUGAUGUCAGCCAGGCAGCCAAUCAGCUUUCAGCAGAUAUACCAGCUUCUGUGAUAGCAGCUAAGACAGUUUCCCAAAACCCCAAUGACCGGAAUGGACAAGACCAUUGGUAUUCAGCAAAUAAACAGUUGAGGAAGUCUAUUGCAGCUGUGCGAAUCCCUCUCACCGUCGAAAUUCCUCUGGAGCAGUCCCUCCCUCCGCCACCGCCUCUCCCCCCCAUGGGAGCGAUGGAACAUUCUGCAGUGCCACAGAUACAAGACGACUUGGACGCCGUGCUGAAAACGUUCCCAAAUUACCCUAGCACGCCAUCGGUAGAGACUCCUACUUAUGCCCCGCCCCCUGUGAGAUCGGCUCCGCCCAUCACGUCUCCCAAGCCAAGACAGGUGCAAUCAGAUGUAGGAGAUGUACGCAAGGCGCUUACAGUCAACCAGGAGCCAGCUAUUCCACCACCACCUGAUAUGAGCAAACUCCAGCUUGAAGAGGCUGCCCCACCCAGGCCACCCCUCCCUGGUGAUGUACCCCCACCCCGCCCACCACCCCCUGAAGAUCAGUCUCUGCCGGUCCCAGAGCAAGGAUCUCACCAACCCAUUAUGCAAGCUGCAUAUGACCUUCAUGUUGAAACAGCACAGUGGUCCAGUAAGGACAAUGAUCUCAUUGCAGCAGCUAAACGAAUGGCACAACUAAUGGCUGCCAUGAGCAAACAUGUCAGUGGAGAGGGUGGUAAUAAGAAGGACCUGAUAGACACCGCUAAGGAGAUCGUCAAGGUCGCUGCCUUGGUGACCCGCCUGACCCGCGAGAUAGCCAACCAGUGCACCGAUAUCCGUAUGCGAGUGAACCUUCUUCAAGUCUGUGAGCGGAUCCCUACCAUCAGUACUCAGCUCAAGAUCUUAUCAACAGUCAAGGCUGUCAUGCUCGGAUCACAAGAAUCGGAGGAGGACAUGGAAGCCACAGAGAUGCUGGUCGGCAAUGCCCAAAACCUGAUGAAAGCCGUCAAGGAAACGGUCAGAGCUGCCAAAGCCGCCUCCAUCAAGAUCAGAACGGAUGCAGGCUACAAGAUGAGAUGGGUCCGCCAAAGACCUUGGUACCAGUAGGUCCACCCAAGAAGAUGCCACUGCUUUGAUGUUCUGUAAGGCACUUAUGCCGACCCUUCAGAAAUUGAAUUCGCCCAAGUCGAAGCCAUAUUCAUUUUAAUUGCGUCUCCUUAGUAAAAUUUCUCGGAAGAUAAGAUGGGUUCGUCAAGGGCCUUGGUACCAGUAGGUCAAUCCAAGAAGAUGUCACUGCUUUGAUGUUCUGUAAGGCACUUAUGCCGACCUUUCAGAAAUUGAAUUCGCCCAAGUCGAAGCCAUAUUCCUUUUAAUUGCGUCUCCUUAGUAAAAUUUCUCGGAAGAUAAGAUGGGUUCGUCAACGUCCUUGGUACCAGUAGGUCAAUCCAAGAAGAUGUCACUGCUUUGAUGUUCUGUAAGGCACUUAUGCCGACAUUUCAGAAAUUGAAUUCGCCCAAGUCGAAGCCAUAUUCCUUUUAAUUGCGUCUCCUUAGUAAAAUUUCUCCGAAGAUGGGUUUGUCAACGAUUUUGGUACCAGUAGGUUCAUCCAAGAAGAUGCCACUGCUUUAAUGUUCUGAAAGAUACCGUAUGUUGACAUUUCCUUAAUUGAUUAUGCCCAAGUCCAAGCUUUUUUUCAGACCAGAAUAUAUAGAAUCUUGUGUGAUAUCCCACUCCUAAGUCAGAGUUCCUGGAAGAUGAGAUGGGUUCGCCAAACACCUUGAUACCGGUAUGUUCUUCCAAGAAAAUGCCACUGCUUGUGCUGUAAGGCACCAUAGGUCCAUGUACCUUGCCAAAAGUCCAUGCCAUGUCUUUUAUCAGGCAUCCUGCUCUGAAGGAAGAAUGCAUCUUUUCAGAGUGGCUUUCUUUCAUUCUCCAUUGUGUUUUCUAUGAUAAAGUGUGAGAAUUGGUAAUGAAAGCGUGCCCGCAGGACUCCCGCGCAAAAGACCCGGCUCCGACUUUUUACAAGGUACGUUAAUGUUCUGUAAGGCAUCUUGCAUCUAUCUACCUUCCAUAGAUUGAAUCUGCCAAAGUCGAAGCCAUUUUCAGACCUGCUUAUGUAAAAUCUUGUGAGAUAUCCCACUCCUAAGUCAUAUUCCCCGGAGGAUGAGAUGGUAAGAAGAUGUUCAAAGACCUGGGGAGCGUUUCAUGAAAGAACUUGUCGGAUGUUUUAACCGACAAGUCCCAUUUUUUUUCCGACAGUUGCAAUA